GGAUGACCUCACCGGAGUGUGAUGCUCUGGAGUCUCCGGUGCCCUCUGCGAACUCCGCGCCCUCGCACCAGCUGCCCUGGCCGCGUGUGCAGCCGGGAGCCGCAGAAGGGCGGGCGCAGGGUCCCCGCGAGAGCGGGCCGACAGCCGUGCAACAGAAGCACGCGCGGGGUCCCGCCGCGCUGCCGCCCGGCGCAGGCAUUUCAAGAGAAAGUUCACCCAGCACUUCGGUCCCCUGCCUGAGCCUGAAUCCAGCCAGGGGGCUUGAGCCCCGCCGCUCCCCGCUCAGCUCCGGGGUCUGGGGCCGCGGCUUCCACCUCGGCCCUGGCCCCCGGCCAGGUGACCUUUCCUUUAGGGAGUUCAGACCUAGAUCUUCCAGUUAAUCACACAACAAACUUAGCUCAUCGCAAUAAAGGCAGCUCGAGCCCAGCGGCUCUGACUCCGGACCGGACUGCUCCACCGGCAGCUGCGGCGGAGAACCCGGCCGCGGGCCCGCACCAUGUGGGCCGGCAGACUCCUGCCAGCCCUGCUGCUCCAGCAAGUCCUCCUGCACCUCCUGCUGCUCCCUGCGGCCAUCCCCUUCGCAGAAGGACAGAAGAAAAGGAGAAAUACCCUUCACGAAUUCAAAAAGUCAGCAAAGACUACUCUUGUCAAAGAAGACCCGUUGCUGAAGAUUAAGACCAAGAAAAUGAACAGUGCGGACCAGUGCGCUAACAGAUGCACGCGGAACAGAGGGCUCCCCUACACCUGCAAGGCCUUUGUUUUUAAUAAAGCAAGAAAAAGAUGCCUAUGGCUCCCUUUCAAUAGCAUGUCAAGCGGAGUGAAGAAAGAAUUUGGCCACGAAUUCGACCUCUAUGAGAAAAAAGACUACAUCCGCAACUGCAUCAUCGGGAAAGGGGGCAGCUACAAGGGCACGGUCUCUGUCACCAAGAGUGGCCUCAAGUGCCAGCCCUGGAGCUCCAUGAUCCCCCACGAGCACAGCUUUUUGCCUUCGAGCUAUCGCGGUAAAGACCUACAGGAAAACUACUGUCGAAACCCUCGAGGGGAAGAAGGGGGACCGUGGUGUUUCACGAGCAAUCCCGAGGUACGCCACGAAGUCUGUGACAUUCCUCAGUGUUCAGAAGUGGAAUGCAUGUCUUGCAAUGGGGAAAGCUAUCGUGGGCCACUGGAUCACACAGAAUCAGGCAAGAUCUGUCAGCGCUGGGACCAUCAGAUUCCUCACCGGCACAAAUUCUUGCCUGAAAGAUACCCCGACAAAGGCUUUGAUGAUAAUUACUGCCGCAACCCCGAUGGCAAGUUGAGGCCAUGGUGCUAUACUCUUGACCCUGACACCCCUUGGGAGUACUGUGCAAUUAAAAUGUGUGCUCACAGUACUACGAAUGACACUGAUGUCCCCAUUGAAACAACUGAAUGUCUUCAAGGUCAAGGAGAAGGGUACAGGGGCACCAUCAAUACCGUUUGGAAUGGAAUUCCAUGCCAGCGCUGGGAUUCACAGUAUCCCCACCAGCAUGAUGUGACUCCUGAAAAUUUCAAGUGCAAGGACCUGCGAGAGAACUACUGCCGCAACCCCGACGGGGCGGAGUCGCCCUGGUGCUUCACCACGGACCCGAACGUCCGCGUGGGCUACUGCUCGCAGAUCCCCAAGUGCGACGCGGCGAGCGCGCAAGAUUGUUAUCGUGGGAAUGGAAAGAACUAUAUGGGCAGUUUAUCCAAAACAAGAUCUGGACUAACAUGUUCGAUGUGGGAUAAGAACAUGGAAGACUUGCACCGUCACAUCUUCUGGGAGCCAGAUGCCAGUAAGCUGAAUAAGAAUUACUGCCGGAAUCCAGACGACGAUGCCCACGGACCCUGGUGUUACACAGGGAAUCCCCUCAUUCCCUGGGAUUAUUGCCCCAUUUCCCAUUGUGAAGGGGACACCACACCUACAAUCAAUUUAGACCAUCCUGUAAUAUCUUGUGCCAAGACAAAGCAGUUGCGAGUGGUUAAUGGGAUUCCAACACGAACAAAUGUAGGAUGGAUGGUUAGCUUGAAGUACAGAAAUAAACAUAUCUGUGGAGGAUCGUUGAUAAAGGAAAGUUGGAUCCUUACUGCAAGACAGUGUUUCCCUGCUAGAAACAAAGACUUGAAGGAUUACGAAGCUUGGCUUGGAAUCCACGACGUCCACGGUCGCGGCAACGAGAAGCACACACAGGUUCGAAAUGUGUCCCAGCUGGUGUACGGGCCCGAAGGGUCGGACCUGGUGUUACUGAAGCUCACCAGGCCUGCUGUCCUGGAUGACUUUGUGAGCACCAUUGACUUGCCUAAUUAUGGGUGCACCAUUCCUGAGAAGACCACUUGCAGUGUUUACGGCUGGGGCUACACUGGAUUGAUAAAUGCGGAUGGCCUGCUGCGUGUAGCACACCUCUACAUCAUGGGCAACGAGAGGUGCGCCCAGCACCACCAAGGCAAGGUGACCCUGAAUGAGUCUGAAAUAUGUGCCGGGGCCGAGAAGAUCGGGUCGGGGCCGUGCGAGGGGGAUUACGGCGGCCCACUCGUCUGUGAGCAGCACAAGAUGCAGAUGAUUCUCGGUGUCAUCGUUCCUGGCCGGGGUUGUGCCAUCCCCAACCGCCCUGGUAUUUUUGUCCGAGUAGCCUAUUAUGCAAAGUGGAUACACAAAAUAAUUCUAACAUACAAGGUACCGCAGUCGUAGCUGAAGUGCAUGUGACUGAAGCAUCCAUCAGCACAUGAUACUUUCACAAGAUUUCAGAGAAUGUGGAGUGGAAUUGUCACCUAAUGCAACUACUUGAGUGUCAUGUUUGUUAAGAUACUCAUUAAUAUAUGUGGGUGUUUUCUGUUAUGUUUGUCAGUGUUAUUUUGUAAAUGUUGAAGUGAAUUAAGGUACAUGCACGUGCAGUAACAUAACUCCUGAAGAUACUUGAAUGGAUUAAAAAAUGCAAAAGGUGUAAUUGCUGGGUUAUAAAGGAUUUAAUGGAAUAGAUCAGUUAAUCUCUUCACGCUGCUUUCCAACGUUAGUUUCUUAAUGAUGAAUAAACCAUGCGUUAAGUAUUAUUUUAACCUCACCCAAACAGUUUAUACCUUGUGAUCUUAAAUUGUAACUGUAUUAAAUUCUGUUACCUUUCAUGUGCCAUACAUGAUAGCUCAUUCAGUUCUCACUGUGUACCCUGAAACAGUGGUACACAAACUCACUUUCACAAAACCCUACACCUAUUACCUGUACCUGGGUACAUUUAUGCUGUGUGCCACAGUUCAAAUCAUGUGGUAUCUAGUGUAAUCUCUAAAUAGUUUAGAGGUAUGGAGAUGAAAUUUUUCAAGAAAAAAAUGAGAAAUUUCUAAAGAUCAGUAAAAAUGUUACAGGUGAGAUAAAAGAGAGAAGUGACUGUCUUCUGUAUGUAAUUUAUAGAUGACCUCUACUGGAGGGUUUGUAAACUGAGUUUUAGGACCUACAGAGUUAAAUAUUUCCUAAUCUAGGUGUUUACAUAUUUAUUAUCCUUGUGUACUUUCUAAUUCUUAAAGGGAAGAGAAUAAUACAUAUAUUGAUAUUAUUUCUUUCCUCCAACCUAGGGUCACUACUUAUGCAAGGUAUUUGUAGAUCUGUGAUCCAAAGUAUUUCUUAAAUUUUCAAAUUGUACCUGACUUGAGAAAUGCAAAAAGUUCUUGGUCAUUAAAAAGGUAUUAAAAUAGCUUAAUUCCAAGACUUUCUGCUGUGAUUGGAUUCUAGUUCACAUUCCUUAAAUUCAAAAUAUAGAAUAUAUAAGAACAAUUUCCAUAUGCUUCCAAAGUUUUUUAAAUAACUCUUCACUGAAUUAUGUAUUAAACUAAACAUUAAAUUAAAAAACAAAAAGAUGUUUCUCAACCUGGAAAUAUUUUACCAUACUAAUACUUUAUUCAAGUAAAGGGAAAAUUAUAAGUGGAAGGAACUAUUUUGUCUAGAUCUGUAUUCAGAUUUUUUAAAUGUAUAUUUGAAUCUGCUGAAUUGGAUAUUUUAUCAAAAUAUCUUCAUUUUAUGUUAUUUAAUUUAACAUAGGUCUUUCCUAUUGCCAUGGGAAAUACCUGUAUAAAUUUUGUGUUCUGUAUGCUAAUAGCCAAAUUGUUAUAUUUAUUAUUCUAUUUGGCAUGACUAGCUAAUAAUCAUAUAUUUGUCAAGAAAUGAGAUUUAAAAGGAACAAUGGGAUAGGCUUUCAAUUUUCACAAAAUCUUCUGGUAUAGACAAAGCAUAAUUUGAGUGGCUUGAAUCCACUUUCCAAUUUCUCUGACUUGGUUCUCUUGUGUCAUCUGUAUUAAGGCCACGAAUCCAAACAAUGUCCUAAGCAUUCUCCAGAGUACUGUUCAAUCUGGAGUAAGUUAGUUCUAAAUUUACAGAGGAGCUUAGUCCAUGGAGGGUAGGACAGUGAAUACAGAAAUGCUUAUGCAAACUGUGCCAAUUUUUAAAUUUUCUUUUGGAAGAUUUUUUUGGUAAUAAAGUAGAUCCUGGUAUGAGGAAACAGUGGAAACAAAGAAUUGCAAGUGGUUAGCAGUCCACAUAACCCUAAGUUAGUUGCGUCUCUCUCCCCGUUACAAAUAAAAGCACAGAAACUUCAACAGUGUAUUGUCAAAAUAUUAAAGUGCUUUGCCUAGUUUCUUCCUGUUGAAAUUGCCAAACUCUGUUAAGUGACAUAGUUAUCCUUUCAGUACAUGUUUUGUAAUAAUUGCCAUACUUUAAAAUACUCACAUUUUAAAAUAUUUCUUGCAUGUCAUUUUCUGUAAAUUUCCAUGAAGACAGAUAAGGAUUAACCUAAAUAUAAGAUGCAGCUAAUUUUUUAGAUAUUUUGAACUGGUGUUUGCUGUUUUAUGAAAGGGUAAAAAUAACAUGAGUAAAUCACCAAACAGAAUACAAAUCAGCUCUCUCCCUGGUAGGGUUAGGUUUCCAUACAGUGCCAUGGGGGUGACUGACCAUCUACAACAUCCAUGGUAUGUUCUCUGGCAGGACAGGGUAUAAACGCAUUAUUCCCUGGUGAAAGAUUCUGUUUAUUGGGUAUUUUUCUCUGAAUAAACCUCAAAAUAAUGAAAAAGUUCAAUUUAUCCAGAAAUCCAUUUUGUUAUAAUCAUGGUAAAAGGGCCUUUUAAGUUAAAAUUUGUAAUGCUGUUUGUUCUGGCUGUUUGAAUAACGGUUUUAUGCUGUUCUAAUUGUAGACAUUUUCCUAUGUCUACCAGAAAUAGAAAUGUAAAAUUAAAAUAUUUGUCAUAAUGCCUCUGCUGUGCAGAAGGGAUGAUAAUCCUUUUGUAUACUUCUUUAAUUUUAUUGUAAAAUGUAUAGUAACUUUUACCUGUUUGCUGUGGGCAGGUCCUCAGUACAGUGGUCUCUAUCGAGUCGAUCUCUAGGAUUAACAGCCUCUUGCUUGCUCUCUAAGUGUGUCCAGCAGCCAGCGGAGUGUGAGGCCCUGGGGGCAAGCAGUUCACAGUCAUGGCAUGUGAUAGCACAACUGUAUUUCACUUAUUCCUGUGAAUAGAUCUUGUUGGUACCAAUGGUACCCUACACAGUGAAUGUUCUAGCCACAACAUUCUCUUGGAAAGGACACUGCCAAGAAGUGAGAAAUGGCUGUCAGGCAUUUUCUUGUGUUUUCUAAACUUUAAAAAGAAAUACUAGCUUUGCAAUAUAAAGAUCAUGAGGUAAAGAGUUGUAAUAAAUUCUAUACUAAAAAGUCUUGUAUUGACUUACUGAAGUUCAAAGAAAUAACUAAUUUUAAUUAUGUAUCAUAUUAAUAGAAAAACUCACUUGAAUUGAGUAAGAUGACAUAUUUGUCUUUUCAAAAUGAAUAAUUUUACUAAAUUACUUUUCAUGAUUAAGUCCAAACAAGUAAUUUAUUUCUCAAUAUUCAACUAAUGCAAAAAAGGCUAAAAAUUUCUAGACUUUAUAACUCUUUGCAGUGUAACUUCUAAGUAGGUUCAUUUCCAUUUGCACAGAAAGUUUCUGUCUUUAGGAAACUGAAAGUGGAAUACUGUGGAUAUGACUGUCAUAUGUGUAAAUAGGAAAUCAAUAAGCUGCCUAUUGAGUGGUAUAGCUAGAUGCUUACCCAAAAAAGGGAACACUGUGGUUAUGACUUGUACUAUAAAGUUUCUGUAGUUAAUAAAGUUGUUAUUUUUAUAACCAUGAUAUUAUUCUUAAUAAUAAUAAAAUAUUUUAUCAAAAUGC